AAGCUUUUCAAAGGUAUCGCAUUUCGGGUGCUUUGGCUUAUAACUUUGGGCGGGUGAGAAUCCGCGCGCCACGAGGGGUAGCAACAGGGGUUUUAGUUGAACAUUGUCUUCUCCAUUCACCUUUCACAACAACUCUGCCACAUUAGCACGCAUGGCAGCAGAAAUCGAAGAUUUGACUUUGACCACGCCACGAGACGAUGUUCUUCCCCGGCGGGCAUCCCUCCGUCUGAUGGGCGUAUGCCUCUUCUUCGGUCUUGCUUCUCUAGCCUGGGGAUACAAUAUCGGUGUCAUGGCCUCGAUAUAUGUCCAUCCCGGCUUCUCCGAAGCGCUCAGCAGGCCUUCAAAAGCAGUGACUGGCUUUAUCACGAGUAUUUACUAUGUCGGAACCUGGUUCAGCUACCUCUUCAUAUCGCACCCGUUAGCAGACAGGUACGGUCGAAGAGUAGCGGCAGCUUACGGAGUCGUUAUUACUCUGGUGGGCGCUGCAUUUCAAACUGUCGCCAAAGCUCCGUUUGGGGUCGCCAUGAUGAUCAUCGGACGCGUUAUAUGCGGAGGUGGACUUGCUAUAGUCUCUACUUCGGUUCCGCUAUAUCAGAGUGAGGUUUCUCCAGCUAAACAUCGUGGCCGGUAUGUCGUCAUGAACCAUGUUGGUCUAGUGGCGGGUAUUGCGGUUGCAUUUUGGGUAGGGUUCGGAGUCAGUCAUUGGGAAACCGCCAACGGAAAUUUCUACGGCUGGAGAGUAUCAAUGGCAUUGCAGUUCAUACCCGAGGUGUUGUUUCUUAUCGGAGUAUUCUACUGUCCUGAAACGCCACGCUGGCUUGUGGAACAGGGCAGAAGUGAAGCGUCUCGAAGGAGUCUGUCGUGGCUCCGGGCCUUGCCUGCUUCGCACAAGCUUGUUGCGAAAGAACUCAGACAGAUCGAAAUAGAUGUCGAACAGCGGAAGUCGCUAGCGGCGGAUGAUUCCUGGACUCUCCUGUUUACAAAUCGUCCGUUGUUCAGCCGCCUAUGGCGUGCAUCUCUAUUGGCCUUCAUGGCGCAGAUGGCUGGUAAUACCUCAAUGAAAUAUUACCUGCCGGACAUUUUCAAGGGCUUGGGAAUCAAACGAAAGACAGCGCUGUUAGUCGGAGGGGUGGAGAGCACCUUGAAGAUUGCUUUCACCGUUUUCGACUCCUGGCUAGUCGACAGGUUUGGUAGGAGACUCACGCUCGUUGUGUCGUGCUUGGUGAUGGGCUGUUCCUUAUUUAUCAAUGGCCUACUUCCGAUAAAGUACCCUGGCAACAUUAAUCAUGCUGCCGAUUACGUCUGCAUCGCGUUCAUCUUUGUGUACACUUUCGGAUUUUCAAUAGGCUUUGGUCCGGCUGCGUGGGUCUAUGGGUCAGAAAUAUUUCCAACUAACUUCCGAGCACGCGGUCUAAAUAUUGCGGCAUCAGGCAGCUCUAUCGGCGCUAUCAUCUCCUCACAAACUUGGCCUGUUGGCAUGCAGAAGAUAGGAUCGAAGACGCACUUCAUCUUCAUGUGCACCAAUCUUGCCUCUGCAGUCAUCAUCUGGCUGUACUUUCCUGAAACCGGACGCCGCAGUCUUGAGGACAUGGAGGCACUGUUCAAUCCCGAUCAUAAACCACGUGCAAGGGUGGAAAAUGAGACUGAGAGAUAUCAUGAUGAAGAAGAAGAUGAGGACGAUGAUGUCGAUGAUGCAGUACCGCGACGGAACUCUGGACAACUGGUUCCACUCCUUCCGGACUCUGAUGGUCAAACACCCAACUCGUAAUAUCUCAACGUCACUUCGAUAUGUACGCAGGAGACUCAAAAAAUGGAGCAUCGAUUCUCUGUAUAUCCGACUCGUGCUGGUGGCCGAAGCUCUCCAGCUCGCUUUCAAGUUAGGAGGCGUUAAACCCGGCUAUUAUAACCCAACGCUCAACUUGGAGCAAGGCUAAAUAAAUUAAAGACGCAGACCCCACGCCUUUUCCCCGCACAAGGAAUCU